GCAAGCAUGGCACGCGCUAGUCCGCCUGCGACGCUGGUCCUCUGGUUCUGGUGCUCCGCUGCAACCACUCUGUUCCCGACAAUAUCAUUCUUAAAUUACAAAAUCCUAUAUAAGUAUUCCCUUUUUUACCUACUGCCGCCCGAUUCAUGACCGAUCCCCCGUAGUGGGUUGAGCCAUAUCCGUAGGCACCGAACCAAACCAAACCCACGAUGGGUGUGUGCCACUUGUGCGAAGCGCACACGAACAAGGUCCUCGCACACGCGCCCCAUGCGCUCAGACGGCUAGGACCUCGCGAAGAGCAAGACGACGCCGAGCACGGUACCGCUGCGCGCAAGCCGAGACGCCGAAACCUGAACCGAAACCACCAACGGCGCAUCGUUAGCAUCGUGUACUUCCCCGACAUGGUUGCAACAGAGAUGGCAACAAGUGCCGACCAUCAAGUCCGUCAAAGGUAGUAGUGACAGUGGGUGCGCGUGUGUGUGUGGUGCGCGAGUGGUCGUGUGCCAAUGGCUGUGGAACUGGGCCUGCGGGUGGUUCGUGGGCCCGACUGGAAGUGGGCGAACCAGGAUGGUGGCGAGGGACAUGUGGGCACCCUCGUGGAGAUUGGCGAACCUGGGAGCACGUCUUCACCAGAUCGCACCGUGGUGGUGCAGUGGGACUCGGGCUCCCGUACCAACUACCGCGUCGGCUACCAGGGCGCAUACGACCUACGCGUCUUCGACAAUGCCCCAGCCGGUGUGAAACACCCGAACAUCAUAUGUGACGCUUGUGUCAAGCGGGGCAUCAGUGGCACCCGGUGGAAAUGCACACGUUGCUAUGAUUUCGACUUGUGCAACCAGUGCUACAUGGUGGACAAGCAUGACCUCACCCACACGUUUGUUCGCUACGACACUGCUGGCUCCGCGGGGGUAGAGAUGCCCAAGAGGCAAGGUGCUGUCAAGAUUCAAGCACGUGGAAUAUUCACUGGUGCCAAGGUUGUUCGGGGCCCUGACUGGGACUGGGGCAAUCAAGACGGAGGUGAGGGCAAGGCGGGCAUGGUGACAGACGUGCGCGGCUGGGAGACCGAGUCCGGACGCAGUGUGGCAAGCGUGCGCUGGUCCUCGGGUUCGACCAACGUCUACCGGUUAGGACACCUGGGCAAAGUGGACCUGAGGUGCAUCCAGGACGUGCCGGGACCUACUUAUUACCGAGACCACCUUCCUGUACUGGGCAUGGGCUCUGCGUCAGACCAGGGGGUUGUCACUCUGAGAGGUGCGUCGGCACAGUCGCAGCGCUCUCCGUUCAGCGUGGGAGACCGGGUGGAAGUGUUGCUUGACAUUGAGUCCCUAAAGAUCAUGCAGGAUGGACAUGGUGGAUGGAAUCCGAAGAUGUCUGAGGUCAUAGGAAAAAUUGGCACCGUGCAUCGUGUGACAGAUCGAGGGGACAUCAGGGUCCAGUAUGAGGGUUCUAAUAACCGCUGGACAUUUCAUCCGGACGCCCUUACAAAGGUCGUGAUGUUUUCGGUGGGGGAUAUGGUGAAAAUAUGCGACGACCUGCACAAGCUCAAGGAGUGGCAAGUGGGCCACGGCGAGUACAUUGACGCCAUGAAAGCGUGCCUUGGCAAACUUGGCAAGGUGGUCAAGCUGUACUCUGACGGUGACCUACGAGUGAGCGUUGAAGGCCAGACGUGGACGUUCAACCCGCUGUGUGUAGUUCCAGUGCCCGGUUCGGCCACUGAGAUCAGCAACACGAUGACGGCCAACACACGAGAAGAGCAUGCAAACCCUCUGCUCAGUCACUUGCUGGCCGAGCAGCAGAGUGACGCAGGCAGCAUGGACCGCCUGGUGCGGGACGCGGCACAGGGGCACCUGGAGGUGGUGCGCGAUAACCUUGCGAAACACCCAGACAAGGUGAACCAGAAGAGUUCGGGCAAGACAGCCUUGCAAGUGUCGAGCCACCAAGGCCAUCGAGAGAUCGUUGAGCUAUUGCUACAGUGCGGCGCCUCAGUGGACGCCCAGGACGACGAUGGAGACACCGCACUGCAUUACGCUGCAUUUGGCAACCAGCCUGUGAUCAUGGAGAUACUGUUGAAGGCCGGCGCCAACAUCAACGCCAUCAACAGAGCCAAGUGCACAGCCCUGCAUGUGGCAGUCAACAAGCAGCACACAAACUGCAUUCGGGUCCUGCUCAAGUUUCGCACUAUUCUCAACAUCAACAUCCAGGACACAUACGGGGAUACUGCCCUUCACGAUGCCAUCGGGAAGGACAGCGUUGACAUCAUAGACCUGCUUAUCAGCGUGCCCGAAGUCGAUUUCUCGCUCAAGAAUAAGCGGGGUUUCAACGUACUUCAUCAUGCGGCUCUUAAGGGCAACAACUUUGCGACAGAAAAGCUGCUGUCACGGACAAGGCAGAUUGUCGACAUCAAGAAGGAUGAUGGCUUUGCAGCACUGCACCUUGCGGCUCUGAAUGGCCAUUACUCUGUUGUGGAGACCUUGCUGACACAGGGCCAAUGCGAUGUGGACGUGCGCAACAACCGCAAGCAGACGCCGUUGCUGCUCGCAGUCAGCCAGGGCCAGUGUGGCAUUGUGGAGCUGCUACUGGGCAUGGGAGCCCAGCUGGACGCGCAGGACGAGGACGGGGACACAGCCCUGCACCUGGCCCUGCUCAAGCGCCAGGCCCUGCAGAUCCCCGAAAAUGGCGAGGCACCAGCCACGGCCAUGAUUGCGAGCCAGCUGGCUGCUUCAUGUCCUUCGGAAGUGGAUGGCAGCAGCCUGGCCCUUGCCUGCCUCCUAGUCAAGGAGGGUGCCGACCUGCACCGGCAAAACUUGGUGGGGCGGACACCACUUGACCUUGCCGGCAGCCCAGCCGUCCAGGAGUUGCUGCAGCACUGGAGUACGCUCAGGGAAAGUGCAUCUGCACUGACAGUGGCACCCCUUCUGGAACCAUCCACCGGAACAGCAGUGACAGUUUCAUCAGCUGAUGAGCUGCCUCAUGUCGCUGAAUGCCAGAUAUGCCUAGAGUCACCAGCCUCGGUGACUUUCGAGCCGUGUGGCCACCGUAUGGCCUGUGAAGACUGCAGCGUGCGCAUGAAGAAGUGCCUCACCUGCCACGAAGUCAUCACUCGCAAGCUUGAUGCCUCUGGUCGGACCGUGGCGCCUUCAGGCAGUGGCCGCCAAGGAGGCGCUGGUGGGCCCGUGAGCCUGGAGCGCCUGCGGCAGCUGGAGUUGCGACUGCAGGAGAUGGAGGAGUGGCAGGGCUGCAGCAUCUGCCUGGAGCGGCGGCGCAAUGUGGCCUUCCUGUGUGGACACGGAGCGUGCAGUGUCUGUGCCCAGACUCUUCGCAUGUGUCACAUGUGUCGCAGGGCCAUCACCCGCAAGAUCUUUCUCUACUAGUCUCUUCUUCAUCAAGCAUCAGCAAUGAGGCUUUUAUUUUCUUCUAGCACCGCACGUGCACAUCGAAGCAACACUUGCACGUUGCACUGUGGUGGUUCCAAGAUGAUGGUCGUCUAUUGUUGUGUACGUUGGAAAGCAUCAGCGAAAUCACAAGUGGCGUAUCAACAAGAGCACCUGACAGCAGACUCACUGCCUGCACUGUGGACUUUUGAGUGCACACACUCAUUUUCUUUUUUUUUCUUUUUUUUCGAAGCGGUACAUUUGAAAUAGCAGCUGUAAAUUAUCACCUUCGUGUUCCGCGAGUUUUGUAGUAGUGACAAACCUGUUGCCAGUGGACUUUGUGUGUUCACUACCUCCUCCGGUGUCAUCGCCAUUGAGGGCCCUCGUGUUGCGCAAGAACUGGCUGCACUCCAUUGUCUCUUGUAAAUAGCUGGGAGUCUUUUUGCGCACCUGAGGUAGAUUGUGUCAUGCCGAUGUGUCUAAUGUGCACAGAUGGGAUUAAAACUGCAUAAGCCUCGGGCAGCGUUUCGAGAGCUCCAAAACAAGUGGUUUCCUGUCACCGUGGCUCUCCGGUAGUGCUCCAGUUGGCAUGCUGGAGGGAACGUACAUGAUGCACUAAUUUUUUGCUUAGUGACCCUGUUUUGCAGUAGCACUUUCUUUGCAGAGCUGUGAAAGGUUCAGCGUCAGAGAUUUAGGUCACGAUUACAGUGGAGAAGUUCACGUGACUUGGUGAGAGGCAGUGCACUCUGUGUGUUGAUUUUAGUUAGAACAAUGUUGCCACUUGAGUGGGUGUACAAUUUUGGAUGUAACGAGAGAGAGAAAGAUCUGACUUCAUUGUAUUGUGUAAAUAGUAGCCGGUCUGAAGUGACCGAAUUCACUGUCUGUCAUUGUCAUGUGUGUGAAAGUUGAGCUCUGCUCAUUGCUUGCAAUAAGGAAUGGGUACAUAAAUGUGUGAAUGUUUUGCUUAUGUCUAAUAG